AUGAAGCUAUCAAAUUUAAAUUCAUUAAUGUUUACGGUAUCAUUCCUUACGUUCUCGUCGGCACAAAAAAUUCUUGAUGCCUCUCCAUUAAUCACAUCAUCCAAUUCAGAAUUCGGAGGAGCGAUUGAAGGUGCAUCAGUGGAUGUGAAUGGGAAUAUUUUCGCAACAAAUUUUGACGCAAAGUUAUUCAAUGUUGGUAGAAUUACACCAUCACAAUCUCUUUAUCAUACUUCUACAUCAUUGGGAACAAAAUUCAAUGGUAUAAGAUUCAUUCCAUUAACAAAAUCGCAAGUUGAUCAAGGUAUUAAAAGUGUAGCAUUUUUGGCCAAUGUAAAUGAAAAUCAAAUUGCGAAAAUCGUUGAAGACAAGGAUGGCAAGAUCGAACAAAGUUCAUUCUGUCAAGAUCAAACUUUAUCCUUACCAAAUGAUGUAGCGUUUAGUUAUCUACAUGAUAAAAUUUAUAUCUCUGCACAAAAUUUUACUGAAGAUACCGUUAUAGGUGAUGGAGGUUUAUGGAUCUGUGAUGGUAAAAGUGGUGAAACGAUGAAACUUGAAUCAUUUGGUAGAACAAAUGGUGUAGAGGUGUCUCCUGACGAAACGACUUUAUACCUUUCGGAAGCUUUUAAUAAAGGUGCUAAAGUGAUAUCAAAUAAAAUUUGGAAAUUUGAUAUAGAUCAAAGUACAGGAAAAGUAUCUAAUCAAGCACUUUUCGUGGAUUUUGAAAAAUUAGAUGGUACUCAAGCGAUUGAUGUUGAUGGCAUGAGGACCGACAUUGAUGGGAAUUUGUAUGUCACGAGACACGGUGAAGGUCAGGUUGUAGUAUUUUCCUCUAAAGGUUCAAUUAUAUCUAGAGUGAAAUUAAGUUCUAUUAUCAAAACUACCAAUUUGGAAUUUGGCGGUAAAGAUGGGAAAACUUUGUUCGUUGUUGGCGCUUGUAAAGAUGAUGAUACGAAAGGUUGUGUAGACACCGUUCAAAAUGAUGUGCUCGGUAGAGCGUUUUCUGCUUUAAAAUCUCUAAACGGAAAGAGAUAA